AUGCAAAGUGGAAUGAAUUUAGGAUGGACAUCACCAAUCUUACCAUUCCUUGGUUCAAAACAAUCCUUCAUUCCUAAUUUAACGGAGGAUCAAACAUCUUGGAUUUCAUCGUUAUUAGCUUUGGGAGCAAUAUUGGGUGCAGUGCCAGCUGGAAAAGUAGCUGAUUUUGUUGGUAGAAAAUUAGCAAUGGGCUUAACAGCAAUACCCUUUUUAAUAUCAUGGAUUAUAUUGAUAUUUACGAGAAAUAUUAUUGGUGUAUAUGUGGCACGUUUCAUUGGUGGUAUUGGUUCUGGUGCUGCAUGCGUUUUGGUACCGGUUUAUAUCGGUGAAAUAGCACAAGCAUCGAUAAGAGGAACACUUGGCAUCAUUUUUCCUUUAUUAUUUUCAAUGGGUAUAUUAUUUUCAUAUGUCAUGGGUGCCUAUCUUUCAUACACGAUCUUCAACGUCUCUUGUUGUUCAGUAUUAAUCAUUUUUCUCGUUAUCAUUAUCUUUCUACCGGAAUCACCUAUGUGGUUGGUACACAAGGAAAAAAAAUCUGAGGCAGUUAAAGUAUUACAAAUCUUACGUGGAAUUAAUUACGACGUUAAAGAAGAAAUUUCAAUGUUGCAAGACGAGUCUGACAGAGUUGAGACUAAAAGAGGUGGUAUCAUGGAUUUAAUUGGUACUAAAGCUGGAAGAAAAGCAUUUUUUACUUGCCUUGGUCUUAUGUGGUUUCAACAGAUGUGUGGAAUAGAUGCCGUUUUAUUUUACACCGUUAGAAUAUUUCAAAAUGCUGGUAGCACCAUAGAACCAUUCGUAGCAACAAUCAUUAUUGGUUUAAUCGAGGUCAUUAUGACAAUAUGUGUUGCUUUCAUCAUCGACAGAUUUGGAAGGAAACCAUUACUCCUGAUAUCUGGAACAGCAAUGACACUGUGCCUAGGUGUCCUUGGUUAUUACUUUAAAAUAAAAGCCGAUCAAGAAGAUGUACUUUUUCUUGGCUGGUUACCAUUAACAAGUCUUUCUUUAUACAAUGUUGUAUUUUCAAUCGGUUUCGGAUCGGUGCCAUUCGCAAUGAUAAGCGAACUUUUCCCACCGGAGACCAAAGGAGUAGCAAGUAGCAUCUCAAUCAUGGUACAUUGGUGUCUUGUAUUUGCUGUUACCAAGUUAUUUCCAAUGAUGGAAAAUACCAUGGGUGAAGCUAUUACUUUUUGGACCUUUGCUUGUUUCACUGCUUUGUCAGUUGUAUUCACAUUUUUCUUCGUCCCUGAAACGAAAGGAAAGACUCUUCAGGAUAUACAAAAGAAACUGGAACGAAAACAUAAGUCAAUCAAAGACGUACAGUCUGUUUGA